AUUUGCUCCUGGGUUGUAUCAAUACCUACCGGUUUUACUGCUCCAUCACGAGCCACUGGGAACGGGUUGCCCGGGAAACGGCCGCAUGGCAACAGGAUCAGAGCCUGGGGGUUGUCUGCUUCUAGGUCUGCUCCCAUUUUACAUCGCAUUUCCUCACUAGAUGGUGUGCGAGCCACUGGAGAGUACACUUCCCCGCACACUCAGCUCUACACCCAGAAGAAAAAAAAAUAACAGUGAUAAAAAAAAACAAAGCGGGGAAACUAUAACGGAAGAUUUCUUCAAAGACUGCGAGGAGGAAAAGUGUGGAAAUAAAGCGUCGCUCGCGUCAAGGUUUUUCCUCUUCUUUUUUAAGCCAACCGUGUGCAUUUUUUUUUUUAUUUGAAGAAGACUUGGGAAAGCGACAACAACACACAGCUGUGAUGGACAUAAUGAUUGCGGUGCAGGAUGCUUGUGUCUCCGGUCAGUGGCUUACUGCGAUCAUUCUCAGCCUGUGCUGCUUUCUGCCGUCCUGUUUGCCCGCUGGACAAACUGUGGACUAUUCAUCGGUCGAAAGUGUGGUCAGCAGACAAGGCGACACGGCUCUGCUGAGGUGCUACCUCUUGGAUGGCAUCUCUAAAGGAGCCUGGCUGAACCGCUCAAGCAUCAUAUUCGCAGGGAACGACAAGUGGUCUGUGGACCCACGCGUGUCCAUAGUGUCCAGUGUUGGAGACAAGCAUGAGUACAGCCUGCAGAUACAGAAAGUGGAUGUAACUGACGACGGCCAGUACACAUGCUCAAUUCAGAGUGAGCGCAAUCCACGGCCAAAGCUCCUGAACCUUAUUGUAAAAGUUCCUCCCAAGAUAUAUGACAUUUCCUCUGACAUCACAGUAAACGAGGGCAGCAAUGUGUCGCUCAUCUGUACAGCCAGUGGGAAACCCGAGCCAACCAUUUCCUGGAGACACAUAACCCCAUUAGCCAGGAAGUAUGACAGUGGCGAAUAUCUUAACAUCACCGGCAUCACAAGGGACCAGGCUGGAGACUACGAAUGCAGUGCUUUAAAUGACAUUGCCUCUCCUGACACCAAAACAGUAAAAGUCACAGUCAACUUUGCCCCAUCUAUCCAUGAGAUGAAAAGCCAUGGAGUCGGUCUGGGACGCACAGCUCUGCUGCGGUGUGAGGCUGCUGCGGUGCCUUCUCCAAUAUUUGAAUGGUACAAGGGUGAGAAAAGGAUUACAAAGGGCCAGGGUAUUGACAUCAAGAGCCUCAGCUCCAGAUCAGUCCUCACAGUGACCAACAUGACAGAGGAUCGUUACGGGAACUACACAUGUGUCGCCGCCAACAAGCUAGGGACGGCUAAUGCCAGUGUGCCUCUCAUUCCAAUUAUUGAACCCACCACCACUAGUGCUGUCUCAAGCCCAGCGCCCAACACUGCACCCUAUGGGAGCACAGGAAGCGCGCACAUCCCGCUGGCCUGCCGAUACCUGAUCCUGACUCUUUCCUCCUUCAUCAGCGUGUACUAGCAGAGGCCAGCCCAGACACAAUGACUGUCGAGAGCAUUUAUGAAUCCUUUUUGACAUUGCUGAUGGCUGGAAUCCAAUCUGGUACAGUUUGUUGAAAAGCCGUGGUGGGGAAAUAAUCAGCGUUACUUUGUGUGGGGAAAUAGUUUUUUUUUUUUUUUUUUCCUUUGCUUUUUGGUGAAAUUUCUGUCAUGUAAAUACUAUGAUGUUUUUUAUUAUUAUUAUUUCCUCUUAUAUUUUCUUUUCUGAUUGAUUGACCACCUUGUGAAUAAGUGCCCCCCCCCCCCCCACACCACUACUAACCAUAUCAACAGCUCCUAAAUGAGUUACUUUCAUGUCUCCUUUUACUACAAGAGGCGACGGCGCAAAAUUGCCAUUUUCCAUUUCUGUUUUUGUACGUGGCUAAAUAGAAGCAACUGUGCCAAGUCUCCCAGUACACAGAAUUAUCUUACCAAUGUUGUAUUGAAUGUAUUAUGGGCUGUUGAAGAAAGGAAAGACAAUUAGAUUUGUAUCAAUACAAAUUCUGAUUAUGGAGUGUGAUUAGAAAAAUACUAGAUAAAAAUACAGAAAAAAAAAAUAAAGAAAAAAGGUAGGGCUGUUUCAGGACCCGUAUUGUCAUGAUUUCUUUAUAGAUGGAUGAACCGUGUUGAAGGUGUACUUCGUUGUUCGUUCGUUCUGAAAUGGGUCCUUCAGUUACUACGCCUGCCUAACAGCUUUGAUCAGGCAGCAGUCAAAGUAGCAAAAUAUACUGUAUUGUGUCUUUAUAUUUUAUUAUAGUGUAGGCUUUUGUUUUCCAGUGGGACCAGCUUUUCUCAUUCGACCAAGAACAUUAACACAAAUCAUGACUUUGUACAGUAUGAAGGGAGGAACAUCGCUGCCCUAUGUUUACAUUCUUUUUGAAAAUAUAACUAAUACAGUAUAUUCCACAUUUAUGAAUGUCACAGCAGAUGACAAAGCAGAGCCCAAGUUUAGCUUAAAGCGUGAAAUUCUUAAAACAUGCCACAUCAAGGGGAGCAUUUUGUUUCUGAAUUGGCUGUGCACCUGCUAGUCAAACUUGAUGGAAACACUGUAGAUUGAUAAAAGUUUUCAGCCUCAGCUUUUGGUGUGAUAGUUGGAUAAUGGUAUUUUAUUCCUUACCUUCUCCCUACAGAAAUCUAUAUUUAAAUAUAUUACAAUCUAUUUUACAGUAAAUAUAUCUACUUCAGUGUUUACUUCAAUAAAGAAACUUGGAGUCAAAGCCUUUCAUUUACACAUUUGGUCAAAGAGGUCGUAUUAUGCUUUUUGAUUUUUCCCCCCUUAUUCCUCGUUAAAGGUUUGCAAAGACUAGAGUCCAUGCCAAAGGGAGUUUCUUUCUCCCACAGAAGACUUCUGCUUUCUCCUGCUCCUAAACUACCUGUUUUGUAGUCCAGCCUUUUCUUCCAUUACUUAACAUACGUCCUCAAAUAGUGACCAGGGCCUUUAUGCCCCUAUGCAGCAGGGUGUCCUUUAUUGACAAUAGGUUAUUAGAAGAAAGACAUGUCCAAUUCUAAUUCCGUUCUGUAUAAAAAGUACAUUUUCAUACAAAGUCUCAUUGAUCCACUCCACACACACAUCCAGUGACUGCCAAAACAAUAGCUUUCAUCUGUUUAAGUGGGCUGAAACAACAUUUUAAGCAGUGAUGUUUUUUGUGAAAUACCCACAUGUAACCACUGUAACUGAAACAGGAUCAUUACACUUUAAAGUGGUUGUAAUGUACAUGUACAUGUACGGAGCAUGUUUGAGCACUGACACGUUACCAAGAAAUCAGAGGGUUUAUUUGCCCUCCUGUUCUGUUUGUUUCAGAGCGUUCAAGACAGGGGAGUAAAAAAUGUGCUGCCCCAAUGAACUUCAUGAAAGAAAUAAUGUGUUUUGUUGAGCACUCAAGACUCUAAACAGUACAAUAUAAACCUACAGCAGGCCGUCCCAAAAAUGUACGCUCUCAGAAAUGAGCAUAAUAUGGCCUCUUUAAGUAAAUAAUGAAUUAACCUGCUUUGACUUCAGAGUCUUUCUUAUGAGCAACAGGACACAAAAUGCAGCUACAAACAUGACAGAAGGUGCUAACAGCUCCGCAAAGACGAUCAAAUUAUACAAAACAAAUGAUCAAUGUCCCUGAGUUAAGGAAAAAAUUCAAUCACAAGGGUGUUUAAUAGAAUGAACUGUGACUUUUUGUUAAUGGAAAGGAAUCAUAUCAAGGCUCCAAAUCAGUAUUAUUGUAAGGGUUUACUGUGUGACGAGACUGUCAGCAUGGCAUAUUCAUCCUCAAGUAUCUUUAAUUCAUGCUGGAAACAGAGAUACUGUACUGCAAUGCCUUAAUAGUACCAUAGACAUUAAAUUACCCUCCUUUACAAGGACACUUCCAGAUGCUCUCAAUAAGGUCCAACUCAUCUGUCUCUGACUCUACUUAAUGUUCAUAAACCAUUAGCUGACGUAUCUCUCGGAUAAGGCAUUAUAUUCAAUAAAAUCAAGCUGAUGUUUCUCGCAGGUAUCCUCCAAUAAGUCUGAUACUUACUAAUGCAGUAUUUGUGGUACAGGUUAAAAUGUUAGGGAGUCACGUUUGGAUUGGGACUAUAUUUUUGCCCCACGAUCAAGGACUAACAGUUCACACACGGUUUUCACGGUGUGUGAACUCGUAACUGCAAAUCUGUAGAAAAAAUAGCCAUUGCGGUUAAAAGAAUUAAAGCACAAACACUUAUUUUUUUUUUUUUUAUGUUUUGUGGUGAUUUCAGUUCUGCUAUUUUUGUUUUUUCUUUUAUUGUUUGUACUGAAAUUGUUACCAGCUUGUUUUACAAAUUGAAAAAUACUGCACCAUGGUUUAAAUGUUACGGUAUAAUGAAAAUGGGUCAGAACUAUAUUUAUUCUCUUCCUUUAUGAAAACAAUGUAUAAAAAAUACAUUUGAAACAUGUAAAACUGAAUAUGUGACAUUUAUUUGAAUGGGGCACAGUGUGGCAUAGUUUAUAAUGUUGUCUGGUUCAUUUAGAUGCCAUAACUGUUGUUGAUUUAAGUACAUUAAAAAGAACAAUGUUUGCAAUCAAAUUACCUACUUUUUGAAACAGAGAGGGUGUGAACCAAUAUAACAGUAUUAUAGAAAAGAAUCAAUGUGUGUAUAUUUGGAGAAAAUAGGAUUACCUUUUGAUCUUUAGAGCCAGUGUGUAGUCAUAGUUUUCACACACUUGCGUGUUUGAAGAUGUGCAGAGAGUAUGGUUGUGCUGCAUGUCAAAGUUAACCUGUGUUUUUGAGGUGGCCAUUUUACAGAUAUUCAUACUUUUUAUGAAUGGAACCGGUUUUGCAAAUGUUUGGUUCAUUAACCUGGUCUAAAAAUACAUACCUCCUACGGAUCACCAGGCUACGUUUGUUUGGGAUUUAUUUCGAUUAACUUUGCUGAUAAACUAAAACAACUGCUAUUUUGAGUCAUGAUGAUUAUUGUGGCACAUUGGUGACAGUUUGGAGUUAUGUUGGUUGCUUGUCUAAGCAGUUAAGACCAUGCUAGUAUUCCAUAUGAAAUGUACUGGAUGUUGAUUAUUUCUAAUCAUGGUGUUAACGAGUCCCUUUUAUCAAAUCAGUAUUAUUUGCAAUAAAAGUCUCCAUGUUACAAUAUAAACCCACAUCUGAGUUAAUGAAAGGGAUUUUUCAUUACUGCCGCAAGAGGGUUUGAGCCGGAGUUUACAUCAUCCUCAAAACAUAAAAUACUAAAUACUAAAUACUAAAUCAAAGACAUUAAGACAUUAGCUAACAUCACAUUAUGUAACGUUAGUCACAGGAACGCUAGCUAACAAGUAUUACAGUUGCUAAUGCCAAUAACAAUGUUAGCCAACUUAACAUUAAAAAGAGCAAAAGCCAACUAUUGCUGCCUUCAAAUGAAGUUGUGUUUUCUGUUUUCACGGGAGCAGCUGUGCUCUCACUACGUUCUUUACAUGACUUCGCAAUGAUGACCACACCACACCAUUUGAAGGCAGUAAUUGCACAUGAUUACAGUUCUUGGCUCUAAAAUAAUGCAUCAAGCAUAAUUGAAUGUUGUAUGUAAGGUUUCACAGACUGACAGUUUGGUGUAAUGCCCCCUUGAAAAUAAUGGCCGGGUCCAUUUAUCCGCAUUGAUGUUAAGUCCGGCUCACGUUCAACUUGAGGAACAUAUUAGUAUGUUUGUACAGAGCAGCCUGAGUUUUUGAGUAGUCCUAAUUGUGCAGUAUCAUGCAUAUUUGAUCCCUUCUCCUCUGGCCUCCAACGCUCCAUAAAUCCUCCGGAGUCCAGAUGGCCAGAUGCCACAGCACAUAGGAUUAACCACCGUUUGCACUGCAACCUCAUCAAUGACUUGAGUGUGUGGCUCUGUAUAUGUGGAGAUAUUUACAAACAUAAGUCACUUCUCAUUCCCAUCCCAUAGUGUAUCUGGGCUAGAUUACAUCUGGUUCUUUUUCCCCAGUAGCUCAGAGAGCUUUCGAGUAUCCUGUGACCUGAAUAGACUCUUGACUAAAACAUCCAUGGUACGACCUACCUCGUAAAAGUUCAGAGGAAAAAGUCAUGUUGAUGAACAAGCUGAAAGGAGGCCACGCCACCCACCUGAAAAAGAUCACUGCCUAACCUCGCGCUGCAGGCUGACAGCGGAAGUAAAAAGAAAGAAAGAAAAAAAAAACAAUCUCAACUUUUAAAUUUGGUAUAAGAGGAUUUUAAAUAUUCAUGCAAGUGCAUAUGCAUAUUAUUACGGCCUCACAAUCCCCACCCUGAAUUUUUAAAUUUCUCAUUUCAAAGCACCCUUUCCCUGUCAGCCUGAUGUGUCACAAUGGUGCUCUUGAGUUUGAGUAUGUUCAUGACAAGCUUGAGUUUGUUGCGUUAAGAGACCACAGCUAUUUAAAGUGAGAGGGACAACUGCUUUAGUAAAUGUGCCUUUAAUGUAUUUUAUCAAUCAGACUGAUACCAUGUCCCAACCAUCAUAUAGAGCAUAAUUGCCAAAGCCAAGAGAAAGCUGUUGUUAGGUGUAACAAAAAUAUAAAUGACAGCUCUUUACAUUGGCUAUUUAUAACAUCAACUAAACCUUUUUUUCUCAAUACAGAAGCAAACAGGUUCCAUUUGUAGUCUUUUAAGGAGGUUCUUUAAAAAAAAAAGUAUGAUAAGGCUUAACAUGUGAUACCUCCCAGUGAGAAGGUCCGGGUUUGAAUCUGGCUCGGGCCUUUCUGAGUGGAGCAUGUCAUGUGGGUUUUCUCCCAACUUACUAGGUUAAUUGGUGAUUCUAAAUUGACCCUAGGUGUGAGCAUGAAUGGUUGUCUGUAUGUCUGUGACCCCAGUGAGGAUAAGUGGUAGUAGAAGAUGUAAUAACUGUUAGAAAUAACAGAGCGAAAUGUCAUCAAAAUAAUUAAGAUCAAGGAAUCAUUUCAGUGUAGUAUUGCGUGUUUAUCUUCAGGGGAUUGAGAAGCAGGGUUCAAAUCAUCUGGAUACUACCAGAUCAUCUAUUCUGCUAUUGAUAUGCUGUAACUGACACUGUCUAGUAUUCUUGCACCUGUAAUAAAACACAGCUUAAAGAUGGAAAGGCAGCAGGAAUGACUUUUUGCAGCCGAUGUGGGUCUGGAUGUCAGUGGAAGAAACAUCAUGACACACUCACUGUGACUCUCUGUGACUGCAGAAGAGAUAAGCUGUACGAGCAGGGAGGUGAGGCAACAUAUUGCAAGUGGUAUUUACAGCCUUGAAGGACAAUAUGACAGUGAGAAUGAGCUACUUUGUGUUGAUAGAAAUCUUUCACAUAUGUUUUCAGACAAAUAUUCAUUAUGAUUUCACCAUAAGUUAUGAGAUGCUUUUAGCUCCUCUCCUGUAAGUUAAUCUAUAUAAAACAGAAUUUUACUGCAGAAUCGUUACAGCUACACAUGCUAUAGGUUGUGCACAUUAUUAGCAUGAUGUCAAAGUAUUGUUUGGCUCUCUGCUAAAAGCAUCGACAUGAACAAAGGGGAGGCUGGAGGAGCUGGAUUCUUCCUGACCUUGCAGUUAAUGAAACCCCUUCCCAUGCCUUUGUCCGUUUAAACUGGGGGAUUGUGUCAUGCUACACGCUGGGGCUGCUGCUGCCUGGCUCCUGCAGUCACCAUCCCUCUUCCCUGAGCAGCAUACUGAGUUGUCAGUAUCAAAAAAAACUCUGUUUCUUGAGUGCAUUCAGUUUGGUAGAUAUGUUUGUUGCACAGCAGGCAAAGGCUAUCCCCUACUGUCAAACCCAAGCAGAAAGGGAGAGGGGAAAAAUUGUGAAUUUCUUUCUCUGAGUAGUCUCCGAGUAGAUUUGAUUCAAUUCUAAACAGAAAAAAGAAAAAAAAAAUUGUUUUUUGAAAUAGGCCUCUUUCGCUUCUCGCCAACAUUUCAGUGUUCCCAACAACAUGCGCGAAAAUGAGUAAUAUCUGGCUGGUAAGACUCUUCAAUUUCUUCGAAAUCCCUGCAAAAAAUGUGGCAGCUGCCAGCGUGGGGGGGGGGGGGGGGGGGGACAUGCUAUUUUACAAAAGAGGUUGCACCAAGUAUUUGUCAACCUGUCCCUCAUUAUUUCCAGUGAACUGGAAAAUAAGUUGCCAGCCAAUGAUGCAGCGCCUGAGAUAAUGCCUAGGUUUUAAAGCAAGCUAUCUGAACCAGAUCUCUCCAUGAUGCCGAUGACUGAAUCAUGCACUGCAAAGUGUUUUUCCAUGAAGCUCCCAGGCAAUUGUCAAGUUUCCAGGAAGGAGUGAAAGGACUGACAUAAAGAAAAUGCCAUUUUUUGACUGACAGUAAAUGUAAUCCCAUUUCACUUGUUUCCAUGCCUCAAAAAGUAGAUUAGUUUUAUUUACUGAAUGACACAGCUAAUUAGUUGUUGUCAUCGUCAGUGUGUCACAUGUAAAUUAUUUUAUUUUAUAUAACACUAGGAGGUUGGCAGAACCAUAUUAAAGUUUUCUCUAUGUGCUUUUAAUUCUCUAUUUUUUUUUCUUUUUUAUGGUCUUUGAUUUAUCUAAAAUGCUGAAAAAGUGUGGAAUGGAAAUGUCUCUUCAAAUGUGUAUUAAGAUCCUUUAGCCACCAGAGGUAAAGUUGUACAUUUGUAGGCUCUAGAUCACUGGAAUGAUAUAUAUGGCAUAAAUAUAUCUAUAUAUAUUCAAUAUUUGUCCAGAAAUAAAAUUCAUGUACUUUAAUUACUUUAAAGCUUACAUUGUGUAUAGCACGUAUGCAAGUCCAUUUUCAUCAUGUUGUAAUUUUGUAGCAGUGGUUUGAUACUAAUAAAUGGCAGUUGAUGAUGGAA